AUGGCAUGGCGACCAUGGGAGAAGUUCAAGGCCGACCAUCCCGCCACGGCGGACUGCAUGGUCGAAUCAUGGGCCGCCGUUCGGCCAUAUCUGCCUCCGGUCAACUUCAUCACAGUUCACUACGCCUACUUCAUACUGACCGGGCUCAUCUUUGCCGGCAUCUUUCACGGACUGUCACACCCGGCCAACAGCGUCAGCUUCAUCGAUAGUCUUUUCCUCGUCAUCUCCGCCUUUACUACAUCCGGACUUAACACGGUCGAUAUCAGCAAACUCAGUACCGCCCAGCAGGCUAUUAUAGCCUUGAUGAUGAUUCUUGGCAGUCCCGUCUUCGUCUCCAUCUUCACCAUCUGGCUCCGCGCCCGCGUCUUUGAGAAGCGCUUCGAGGACAUCGUCGAGGCCGAACGAAACAGGAGGAUCAAGAAGACUGGCACCAUAGUUGGCAUGGCUGGAGCCAUGAUUGGUCUUCCUGUCAUGUCGUCCUUUAAGGGGUCUAAGCGGAAGCAAAAGAAGGGUAGACACGAGCGGCAGGCCGAGGCAGACGCCUUCCAGCUCACGGGGUCUACGUCCCGCGAGAAGGGCCACGACCGGAGCCAAAGCCAGACCACCAAUCAAGAGUCUGCACCAUCCGGCAUGCUGGAGUCCAUCGAAGAGGGCCAGAAGCUCGGCGUCUCCACCAGCUCCACCGAGCCGCUCUCGCCCAAGUCGAAUGCCACCACCAGGCGGAGGCCUUUCAGUCGUGAUGACGGCCGCCAGUACAUUUCAGAAAGCUUCGAUUUCAAAACGUUCAUCCACGAGAACAAGAAGUCAGUCGGCAGGAACGGCCAGUUCUUCGACCUCACAUCACCACCCUAUCAGUUUUCGGACUUUUGA